AUGGACCAUCCUUCUCCAAGUCUUAUUCUACCUCUUCUGCACUGUCCUCUUUGCUCGCCGUCUCGUCUUCUAACAGACCCAACAUCUCUACGAUGCGGUCAUACUGUCUGUUCAUCACAUGUUGACUCAGACUUAUGCCCAAUCCCGACUUGUUUGUCUACUCCAGCAAGUUUCACGCCUACUGUUCCACCUGGUUCUCGAGUCGCGUUCUUCCCAGCGACUACCGAGAACCACACGAGUUCUCCUGAACCAGUCGAACGCAGGAUUGACGUUAAAGUGAGAAAGUUGGUGGAAUUAGCAACGAAAGCUGCAGAGGAUGAGAGCGAGCAGCCCGACCACCUUGUGGAGACCUAUUCUGACUCCGAUGACGAACAGCAAGAAUCGGUUGCUUUCCCAUUGUCCUCGUCAUCAGCUAGUAGUCCAGUGACACCUGUCUCUGGCCCGCCGAGUUCCGUUGGUUCAUCCUCCCCUGCGUCGACGUCUUCUCGCCCGCGGAAGCGGCUUCGACGUCAUACGUCCACUUCACGUUCGCCGGAUUUUCAUCCUUCUUCUGACCCUGGAACUAUAUCGUUAGCCGAAUUUGACAAGAACCUCGCUACGGAAUUGAUGUGCGAGAUCUGUUUUAUGCUGCUUUACCAACCUGUCACAACGCCUUGUCAACAUACUUUUUGCUCUAAAUGCUUACAGCGAUCGCUAGAUCAUAGCAUGUUAUGUCCGCUAUGUCGCGUGGAAUUACCUGGGUUCGCUUAUUUUCAUGAACACUCGCAUAACAAAGUCGUCCUUGCUCUUCUGCUCAAAGCUUACCCUGAGUCUUAUGACGCAAGGGGCCAAACAAUCGCGACAGAAGAGCGCGACGCGCGUUUAGACACGCCUAUUUUCGUCUGCCAAUUAUCGUUUCCGGGAAUGCCAACACUCCUGCAUUUCUUCGAACCACGCUAUCGGCUUAUGCUCAGGCGUUGUCUCGAGGCUCCGACACCAACUUUAGGCAUGAUAAUGCCCCCACGUGCAGCACCUGUUGCCGGCCUCGGCGUUGAUGCGGGUGCAGAUUUUGGUACCAUGCUCGAGAUCCGCAGUGUACAGAUGCUGCCAGACGGGCGGAGCAUAGUGGAAACCCGGGGCACGCAUCGGUUUAGGAUACUCGAACGCGGAUCUCUAGAUGGAUAUAUGAUCGGAAGAGUGGAACGGAUCGACGAUUAUGAAGACCUUUUUGAUGACUGGGAGUCUGAAAUCGAGGAGAACGUUGAUUCUUCGUCAUCCGCAUCAUCAUCGUCUGCUUCUAGCGCCUCGGAUGAAACAUCAUCUCCACACCUUUUUUCGCGCAUCAUGUCGAACCUGUCACCGCCUUCUCCCACCAGUCCUUCUCCCACCAAUCCUCCUCUGAGCACUGCCGCGCUCCUUCAAAUGUGCCACACGUUUCUGGAGCAGCUUCGCGCAGGCACUGCACCGUGGGUGGUUCAACGUCUAAACCACACAUACGGUCCGCAGCCGUCUGACGAGAACCCCGAUGCGUUCUCCUUCUGGAUGGGCAUGGUCCUCCCGAUAGAUGAGCAUGAAAAGGCCAAAUUGCUACCCAUUAAAAGCGCGCGACUCCGUCUGCGGAUGGUCGUGGGCUGGAUCGAACAGUUGAAUAGUAAUUGGUGGGUGCUGCAAAUUAUCUUACCCCUAUUCCGCUCUUGA